GUUCAGUGUCAAUUCGAUUUGACAAGUUCUUUUCACUUCCUUUUUUCACGUGCGCGUCAUCAUGAGAGCCAAGGGAUUGUUGAAGGAAUACGAGGUCGUGGGCCGCAAGCUGCCCAGCGAGAAGGAGCCCCAGACUCCACUCUACAAGAUGCGCAUCUUUGCUCCUGACAACAUUGUAGCCAAAUCCCGUUUCUGGUACUUCUUGCGUCAACUUAAGAAGUUCAAGAAGACCACUGGUGAAAUUGUCUCGAUCAAACAGGUGUACGAGACAUCGCCAAUCAAAAUCAAGAACUUCGGCAUCUGGUUGCGUUAUGACUCCCGUUCCGGCACCCACAACAUGUACCGCGAGUACCGUGAUUUGACUGUUGGUGGUGCUGUGACACAGUGCUAUCGCGAUAUGGGUGCCCGUCAUCGUGCCCGUGCCCACAGCAUCCAGAUCAUCAAGGUCGAGGCUAUUCCUGCCGCCAAGACGCGUCGUGUCCAUGUCAAGCAGUUCCACGACUCCAAGAUCAAGUUCCCAUUGGUGCAACGUGUCCAUCACAAGGGCAACAGGAAGUUGUUCUCAUACAGAAAGCCAAGAACCUACUUCCAGUAAGGCGGCGAGAGAGAAUCCAUCCCACUGGCAACUGGUUUUAUUGCCAUCCGUUGGGUUUUACCUUUGACUAAUUGCAUCUAAGUGGUUUUUUCAAUAAAAGAAAAAGAGAACGUUGAAGCGGA